UUGCAAUUUCCUUUUCGUGACUACCUUCAAUAAAGAUAUUAUUGACUGUGACACAUUAUUACUCAUGGUGUCACACACCCAUUUGGCAUCCCUUGGAAAAAUGAUUUGCAGUGGGGCAUGGUCACAAGACCAAAUCUGCCCAAGCAUCCUAAAGCAGAGUAGCAACAGAGAAGCCCAUUGGCCGAGGGAUCGCAGCAGCUGAAAUAGCUAUGUAAACACUUUCCCUCUCACCGUGAGCCCCAGUAAUUAUAGCCAGGAUGCUGGUGACGACAGUUGUCCCACCGAGACCGAAAAUGCUGGAAUAAAUUUGACAUUAUGAUAUUUGAUCCCGGCUCCAAUGGCGCACCCACGUAAACAGUGGGGAGCAGUAUAAAGGCAGGGUACCCCGGCUGGAACAGAAGUUGUUUACCCUUUAGCUCAACGCUCCGGACUUAACCCCAACAGCCAAACUAGAAGAACUGGGGCCCUUUAAAUCCAGUCCGCAGGGUUUUACGUUACACAGUGGAGGAAAAGGGAAGGGGAAGCACCGGAGAGAGGCGACUUGACAAUUAGGCGCCGAGGGGAGUGAAUCUGUUGGAGAGGCCAGAGCGCACAGCACGCAGGAAUAGAGCAAGCUGAGGAUUUACACUGGAGCAUUGAAAACUUUUAUGUUGAGAAAGUGUUUCCAGUCCAUCGAUCCUUCCAACCCUACGGUGACCUCUGACAGGAAAGUGAAACAGGAGAAAGGGGAAAUUGCCAUUUAAAGAGGCCUCUGGGUAUUGAACGGCCUGCGUCAUGGCAGCCAUUGAUCUGGAGCGUGGGCUGGAACACAGUGGCCGGGGCUGGGGUAAAGACAAGCCGGAGCUGAUGGACAACUUUGACUCAGAGAUGCAGGAGUGGGAGGACCAGCUGCAGGACAUCCAGAGACAAAUUGAAGAGUUGUACAAUGAAGUUCAGGCCCGCAGAGGAGCAAACGAUAUCACUACUGACCACCAGAAAAAUGGCAAUGGUCUUUUUGCGCCCAGCCAUCAUAGCAAGAAUCACCCUGGAGCUAUACCUGUGCCACAUCACUAUAGUAACGGCUGUAACUAUAGCCCCAGUGGGUACAGCUACCCUGCGAGUCAUCAAAAUGGCUACGGUUACUGCCACGCCAACUCAGAGAUUGGAGACUUGUUGCAGGAUUAUUUGGGGCAGGGGAAGCAAAUGAGCCGGAAGAACAAUGGAGCUCGCCACGUGCGCUUCAGUGACACGAUCAAGGUGAGCCCGGGAUCAGAGAUCAGAAAAAAUUCUGGAAAUGAAAGGCUUGGUGAAGAGCAGUUUGUGGGCAGUUUUGAGGACACUGAAAACAGGAAGAACCAAGUGUCUCACAUGAAGAGCUCCCCCCGCAGAGAGAGUUCCCCCAACAAAGAAAACACAGGUGCCAAGCCCCCUCUUGGACAAAGGGAUGCUCCUGCUGUACAACCACGCUCACAGCUCCCCAUAACAACAGCUGAAUCUCCUGCUCCAGACAGGAAGUCCUACGGUCCUGGCGUCCUGGGAGAUAGGAAGUGCGGCAGCCCCUCUGUUCUCAGGAAGUUUGGAGCCAUGCUUCAGGAAAACGAGGGCAAAAUGCUCACCGAAUCAGGGGUGGUGACCAAUCAGGGGCUGGCACAAGAGCCAAAGUGUCCCACCCCGAGCUGUCAGCGCAGAGCUCUGGGAGCCACUGUAGUCUCCGGCAGGGUGCCCAUGCGUGUGCCUGCCCAGAAAUGCCAAUCAGAUUCCGGUGUGCUGACAGCAGAGAUAGAGCCCGGCCAAGAAUGGGGGUUAGUAUCAGACUCUGGUAGACAGAACUACAAGGAUCACAGAGGAGGCUACAGCGGUUCUAAAGGGGCCCAGCGGAGUCCUCAGCAGUCCCAGAGGAGAUCACAGGUGGCAGGGAGCCCAAAGAUUAGACCCAGGGCUAACAGUGGGGCAGACAGAGAGGGAGCAAGGAAGCCUGCACCCCAACAUGUGGAGCCCAAAAUGGACUACAGGGUCUCAAGUGCUUCCUCUGGAGCUCAGAAGAUCCAGAGGGGUGGGCUAGUGGGACAGGAGUUGCUAGGUUGUGGCAGAGUGAAGGAUGAAGGACUUAUUGAGCUGCUGGACAUGCUGGACAUCCAACAUGAGUACAGCUCCAGUCCCAGAGCAGGACACACAGCUUACAGACAGGAUCCACAGCAGGUAAACCCAGCCAAGUUGUCCCCAGCCAAUCCUAAAAAGAGCUUCUCUCGUCCUGCGCGGCCAGCCAAUCAGCGACCUCCUUCCAGGUGGGCCGGCCGCACCCCUACUGCCAUCAUCACCACCCCAUCAGGCCCAAUGUACAGGCCCCCCAGUCCCCUGACUCGCCCCCCUAGCCCCAUGACCAGAACCCCAAGUCCCGUCCUGAAGCACCGGCCUCUCGUUUCCUAUUCUCUUCAGACUGAGACAGUCAUUAUGUGAUACCUUUCCAUUUCACCAAAGCUUGAUCCCUUCCUCCAGGGAAACCCUCUCUCUCUGUGUAAAUAGUAAGGACUUUUCUGUGAAACAAAGUGCUUUAAGAGAGUUAAAGAAAUGCUUAAUUUCAUCUUGAUGACAUGUUCCAGAUAAAACACAUCCACGACAUUCUCCAGUGUUGCUGUGGCUUUUUGCUUCUUCUGUGAUGAAACCUUUACCAACACAUCAACAUAUUGCUUAGCUGCUUUUACCCCCUUAUCCUCUUUUUUGUAUUGAAUUUCAGGUCUUUUCUGUAUAAUGAGAUUUUGCAUGCAGCCCCAGUUUGAGGGUGCAUGCUCAUGUGUUUAAUCCUCAUGGUUGCCCUGUUGAAUCAAAUUCAACCUGGCCACCAGUAGGAAUAGAUUAAGUCGCGGCUGUGCUCCCAGCAGCAAUCUGCUAACUGUCAACAACAGUGUGUUUUAAUGUAUCAUAUUGUCAAAGUGAUAUAUUUAAGGUGUUCAAAUAACAGUUGUGACAAAUGACUAUGAUAUGCCUUUAAUGUUUUUUUUUUUUCUUCUUGGUAAUAAAUAUGACAGUGCUUUGA